AUGCGUCUCACAGCUAGUAAUGUUAUCCCUUUGUUGAAACAUGACCGCAAAGAAGAAGAGGAGGACAAUUCACCUUCCGGUGCUGAAUUGCGUCUUCCAAAAAGUAUAAAACCAGUCAGUUAUGAGCUGAGCCUGCAGACCUAUCUGCCUUCCUAUGUGGAUUUCCCGCCCGAGAAGGACUUCACCUUUGAUGCUGAUGUUGUAAUGAAACUGAAUGUCUUGGAAAGAGUGGACAAAAUAGUGCUUAAUAUGAGGAAUAUUACAAUUCACAAGGACAGAUGUUAUUUAACUGUGGCCCCAGCAUUGUUUCCAACCAUCUCUGUCGCUAGCGUCAUCCAUAAUGUUGGCAUUGAACUGCGGCGGCGACGAUUGCGAUGUCCAGAUCUAUCAAUCGUCACGGCUGAGAACUGA